UGCUCUAUUCGAGUAUCCUUUGCUGCCUUCUCUGUAGAGUUUUCUUAACGAUCUAAAUUUGAUCAUAGGAAAUGUUAGCAAAAAUCAUCUGAGAUUGAGUUUUUCAUCUCGAUAUCUCAAACCGAUAAGUUAAUGGCAAAAGAUUACCAUUCUAUAAAUGGCAUUUAUUCGGUUUAAUUAAAAUUCAUUAAGAAAGAUUGUUUUAUUAUGUUUUUCUUUGCUCAAACAUUUCAUCUAAUGUAGUCCACCUAAGGCUUUAAAGCCUUUGCUAUUGCAUAUAAAAAUGAAAAAAAAAAAAAAAUAGUGGAACUAAUUAGCACUUUUAACUUAUCGGAGUUGCAGAGUUAAAGGGUACAACAAUAUUUCCUUUUUAAAUUUUUUCCAUUAGAUUUGUUCAAGAAUCAAGGAUUAUAAUAAAUAUUAUAUAAGUGUUUGUGUAAAGUUAAUGGAACGCUAACUAAAAUUCUAAAGAAAAAUUAACUGAAAUUUAUUAAAGAAACUUCAAGUAAAGUUACUAAAGGAAAAAGGGAUGGUCUUGAAAUACAUUAAAUAAAUAAUUAUCACUUUUGUGCCGCCGAUUUCUUCGCCUUUUGCUUAACAUUAACGACUGCAUAUAAAAUCCAAGAUAUAUAUGUAUAUGUGUACAGUUUGCAAGUAAAACUUAAUAAAAAAAAACACCUGUAAAAAGUUUGUUUCUUACGAAUAAUGUCACCGUCAUGUAUAUAAGUGGAAAGAAAACAUGUAACAGAAAGUCAACAAUUACAAAAAUAACAAAAACAGCAACAACUGCAUAUAAUAAAUCGACACGUAAAGUAUCAAUAACUUUAGGAAUGGCCGCAACAGCCGCACCAACGAGAGCCGCUUUAGAGGAAAAAUUCAACUCGUCGUCAUCGAUAACGAAACUUCCAAUCAUGCAAUUGUCAAAGGACACGGAUAAAAUUGAAGCAAUGGCAGCAACAUUAUAUUCACCACCGUCAUCGUCUUCAAAGUCAACAGCAAUAUCAUCAUUAUCAUCGUCAUCAUCAUUAUCAUCAUCAUCAUCAUCAUCAUCAUCAUCAUCAUCAGCAUUAUCAUCAUCAUUAACAUUAUCAUCGCCAACACGACGUGUGAUGAGUUUGCACAAUUUGUUGAUAAUGUUCAUUGUGCUCGUUUGCGGUCUGGCCACCGUUAAUGGCCUGAAAUGUUACAUGUGCGGUCAGUAUAAUGAGGGCGUGGGUUCAAUAACCCCCUGUUUAAAUUAUUCCCAGAAACAUCAGCAUCUCUACUUGAAGGAAUGCACCAAGAAAAGCGAAAAAUAUUGUGUGAAAUACGUUAGCGAGUUAUCAACCGUACGAGAUUGUGCCACUGAAUGUGUAGAGAAAGAAAUUUGGGAAACUCAAACCUAUUGCUGCUCUGAGGACGGUUGCAAUGCAUCAACAAAUCUAAAGGGCUCCAAUGCCUUGUUAGUGUUGUCGAUAGUAUUUUAUAUAUGUUACGGUAUUUUCAACUCAAUGAAGGGGCCCCGUUAAAACGUAAAUUCUGUCAAAAGCUAAGUAAUUUAUUUCUAGAAGAAAUUUUAAUAUUUAUUUAUAUAUAUAUAUAUUUUUUUGCGAUAAUUGAUUUUAUUUAUGCUUUUCAACGGAAAAAAGUGAAAAAUUCAUAUUUUUAUUAUAAUUUUUUUUUCUCUUUUUUUUUUUGUGAUAAGAGGGACCUAAAAAAUAAGCACUUAUGUCUAAAAUUUAUUAAUUAACGAUUGCAAUAUUAUUAUGUCUUAUCGUAUUGUUUGAUUGUUUUUUUUUUUUUUUUUUUGCUUAAAUGCUUUGUUUUCAAAAAC